CCCCCACCCGCCCGACGCAGAGGUUCCGGCGGCGCCCUCCAUAGCCUUUCAUUGUCGCCGCAGACGCCGCCAUUCGCGCCGCGGGGCUGCCCCGAGGGGAGCGGGGGACAGAACCAGCUCUGACAAGAGGAAAGAACAUCCCUAAAAAACAUCCAUUUCCCAGCUAGCCCAAAAACCAUGGAAAAUCCAAAUUAUCCCAACACUCAUUCCCCCUCAAUUUCCCCGUGAUUUUCCACACGUUUAAAGCCUCAAAUCCCAUUUUUAGCAGGGAUUUUUUUUUUUUUUUGGGGGGGGUGGGGGGAUUAUUUUUCCAAAUUCCUUGGCUCAGCCAGGAAUUUUUUUCCAGCCUGCAUGGACAGAGCAACCUUUGCCUGUUCCACCGCUUUUUUCCGGGAUUUUGGGAAUUCUUCUCCGGGUGCUCUCCCCGGGGGCCAUGUGGAUUUUAUUGACAAAGCCGAUUCCUUCACUUAUUCCGAUUUUUUCCGGGAUUAUCUCAUUCCCAACCAUCCCUGCAUUUUCUCGGCCAAGUUCACUGAGGAUUGGGGCAGCAGGAAAAACUGGGUGACGUGGGAUGGGAAACCCAACUUUGAGCAUCUCCUGCAGAACUUUGGAGAAGCCGUGGUGCCCGUUGCCAACUGUGACGUCAAGGAAUACAAUUCCAACCCCAAGGAGCAGCUGCCCUUCAAGGAAUACGUGGAAUAUUGGCGGGAAUACAUCCGGAACGGCUACCGCUCCCCCCGGGGCUGCCUCUACCUCAAGGACUGGCACCUGAGCAGGGCUUUUCCAGAGCACGAUGUUUACACCACUCCCGUGUAUUUUUCCUCGGAUUGGCUCAACGAAUAUUGGGAUGCCGUGGCCGUGGAUGAUUUUAGGUUCGUCUACAUGGGACCCAAGGGAUCCUGGACGCCGUUCCACGCCGACGUCUUCCGCUCCUACAGCUGGUCAGCCAACGUCUGUGGCAGGAAGAAAUGGCUCCUGUAUCCCGCGGGACAGGAGGAAUUCCUGAAGGAUCGCCUCGGGAAUCUCCCCUUCGACGUGACGGCUCCGGAUCUUCGGGACAAGAGGAUUUAUCCGCGCUACAGCCAGAGCCAGCCCCCUCUGGAAAUUCUCCAGGAAGCCGGAGAGAUCGUCUUCAUUCCCAGCGGGUGGCACCACCAGGUUCAUAACCUGGAAGACACCAUCUCCAUCAACCACAACUGGGUCAACGGCUGCAACGUGGCCGUCAUGUGGUGCUUCCUGCAGGAUGAGCUGGCGGCCGUCCAGAGGGAGAUCAGCCAAUGGAAAGAUCCCAUGGAUGACUGGCACCUCCAGUGCCAGCUGAUCAUGAAAUCCUGCACGGGCAUCGACUACAAGGAAUUCUACAACUUCCUCAAAGUCAUCGCGGAAAACCGGAUUUCCGUCCUGGAGAAGGGCCUGGAUGAGGAAUCCUCAUCCCAGAACAAUUCCAAAGCUGCCAUUUCCACCCUGGGAAUGCUGCACGCCGUCUUCGACCUCAAGAGGACGGUGAAGGUGCUGAGCUCGUUAAGCGCUAACGAGGAUUUCCGGAGGCUGGACCUGACUUCCCUGUCCCCUUCUCCGGAGGCUCUGCUCCAGCACCUGGAAUCAGCCAUAGACACGGCCCUGCUCUGAAUUCCCGCUUUUCCAGCUUUUUUCCAAAGGGUUUGGAGGAAAUGGACUUGGAUGAGAGCUUUACUCCAGAGAGAGGAGGGAGAAUGGAAGGAGGGAGAACAUUUGGGAAGGAGGGAGAACAUUCCCAAAGAUUCCGAGUGGUUUGGAGGAAUUAAGGAAAAAACCAUCUCAGCCAAAGGAAAAUCCAAAAUUUUUUUAGGAUUCUGAGCAUCACUCAGGGAAAAAAAAAUUCCCUGUGGAUCACCUGGCAUUGGAAUGAUGCAAAUUCCCUGUGCUUAAGCUCAGCUUUGUUAAAACCUCUCCUCUUCCAGGUGCAACUCAGCUUUUCCAUCCUUUUUUAGGGAAUUCCAGCUGCUGAAUUCCAUGGAAGCCUGAGCUGGAGCCAGCACCUGGAAUCGGCCAUAGACACGGCCCUGCUCAGAAUUCCCGCUUUUCCAAGGUUUUUUCCAAAGGGUUUGGAGGAAAUGGACUUGGACAAGAGCUUUACUCCAGCGGGAGGAGGGAGAAUGGAAGGAGGGAGAACAUUUGGGAAGGAGAGAGAACAUUCCCAAAGUUCUGAGUGGUUCGGGAGGAAUUAAGGAAAAAAACAUCUCAGCCAAAGGAAAAUUCAAAAUUUUUUAGGAUUCUGAGCAUCACUCAGGGAAAAAAAAAUUCCCUGUGGAUCAAGUCUGGAAGUGGAAUGAAGCAAAUUCCCUGUGCUUAAGCUCAGCUUUGUUUAAACCUCUCUACUUUCAGGUGCAGCUCAGCUUUUUCCAUCCUUUUUUAGGGAAUUCCAGCUGCUGAAUUCCAUGGAAUUCCAUGGCAGCCUGAGCUGGAGCCUGGAUUUGGGAAUGUUUAUUCCGUGUCUUCCAAAUUGGGAUUUCCGAAGCUGAGACGCUCGGGAUUAAAUUCAAUUUAACUCCAAACAAAACCUGCCUUGACUCAGGCAGCAAUGGGAAUGUGCUCCCAAAAUUCCACGCUCUAUCCCAAGCCCCAGAAUUCCCUCUAGGAAAAAUCAGGAAAGUUCUGAGUGGUUUGGAGGAAUUAGGGAAAAAAAAGCCCAUCCCAGCUAAAGGAAAAUCCCAAAUUUUUUUAGGAUUCUGAGCAGGCACUCAGGGAAAAAAAAAUUCCUUGUGGAAUUUUUUUGUGGAUCCAGCACCUCCUGCACGCUUCCACAGCACAAUUCCCACCCAGAAUAUUCCCAGUGGAACCUCCCCCUGCUGCUUUUCCUUGGAAAAAUCCAAAAACCUGGAAGCACAAAUGGCUGCAACACUGUUACCUUCAGGCCUCGCUUGAAUUCUUCCCGAAAUCAAAGCCGAGAAAAACUUGGAAUUUCGGGAAGUUUUAGGAAGUCAAACUGAAAAUCCACCUCGUUUUCCUUGAAUUCCUUGGAAUUUUUACCCCCCCCCCCUGCACUUUGCAUGUCCUUUUCCAGUAGGAAUUUUGAAUUUUUUUCCUUCAUUCCCAAAAAAUAUCAAGGAGCCGUUUUUCCUUAAUUUAGGAAAUUCCCGGAUUCUUGAAGACGACAAAGAUCGGAAUGAGGAGCACGCAGAGCCUGGAAUCUUCAAAAUUCCAAAGUUUUAUUUAAAUAAAAAUUCCUGGCAAACUUCCAGUGAGAUUCUCUCGUUAAUAUAUUAAUUCUUAAUUAGUUAAUACAGUAAUGAAUCUGUUAUUUAUUAAAAGAUAAAAUUUGGGGGAAAUGGGAGGAAAAAACCUGGGGGGUUUUGUUUUCCCAGAGUCACCCGGAUAAGGCAAAAAAAUUCCUUGGAAAAAUGAAAAAAUUCCUGGGAAAAAUGACAAAAAUCCCAUUUACUUAAAAAAAAUCCCAUUUAGUUAAAGCUUUGGACUUCCAAUUUUUCUUCAUUCCCAAAAAUAUCAAGGAUCCACUUUUCCUUCAUUUAGAAAAUUCCCAAAUU